CCUCACUUGGGUCUCCAUCUGAAAGUGAUAGGCCACAAAAGAGGGCCUUUACUUCAACACUCACUUGUUUGUGGCUGCUUCAUUCAUGUUUUGAUAUUCCUGCUUUCCUCAUCUUCUGUUCCUUUCAUGGCGAUCUCGAACAACGUGCCACUCUUGUUCUUGUUUUUGUUGCAGCUCCAUCACCUUGGACUCAAUUAUGUUCCACUUUUGGUUCAUGGGUUUGCUUGAUGUUUUGAAGAACAACGUAAGGCUCUUAGCUUCUUCGUCUUCUUCUUCUCAUUCUGCCAACCAAACCCUUUUGCUGCAGGACAGGGUUGCUCUUUCUUUUUUCUGGUUUGGUGGGGUUCUCAGCUUUGUUAUCAUGUGCUGCUUCACCGAUCCUCUCCCUGUGGUUUUGGGUUUUGUUUGAUUUUUCAAGUUGUGUUUUUAAUUUGUGGGUAUGGAGUGCAUUGGCAUGUGGGAAGGUGAUGUGGGAGAAUGUAAUAAUGGGUUUGAGAAAAUUGAGGAUGGUAGCUCUGAGCUAGGGUUCCAUGUGGGUCUGUGAUUGCUGAAUACUGUGUCUUCAAAAGGAGGAAAAAGGGUAAAGCUUGAUAUGAAGCUUUCAACAUCAGGGUUGGGUCAGCAGGGACAUGAAGGUAUCCGAGGGGAGAAGAAGUGUUUGAAUUCUGAGCUGUGGCAUGCAUGUGCUGGGCCAUUGGUGUCCCUACCAACAGCAGGGACUCGUGUGGUUUACUUCCCUCAGGGUCAUAGUGAACAGGUUGCUGCCACAACCAACAGAGAAGUUGAUGGGCACAUACCCAACUACCCCAGCUUGCCACCCCAAUUGAUUUGCCAACUUCAUAAUGUCACAAUGCAUGCAGAUGUUGAAACAGAUGAAGUGUAUGCCCAAAUGACGCUACAACCAUUGACUCCGCAAGAGCAGAAGGAUACCUUUCUUCCUAUGGAAUUGGGCAUUCCAAGUAAGCAGCCCUCGAAUUAUUUUUGCAAGACAUUAACGGCAAGUGACACUAGCACGCAUGGAGGGUUUUCUGUUCCUCGUCGUGCAGCUGAGAAAGUUUUUCCUCCACUGGAUUUUUCACAGCAACCACCUGCGCAAGAACUAAUUGCUAGGGAUCUUCAUGAUGUUGAGUGGAAGUUUCGGCAUAUUUUUCGGGGACAGCCGAAACGGCACCUUCUUACAACAGGCUGGAGUGUAUUUGUUAGUGCAAAAAGACUUGUGGCUGGAGAUUCUGUGCUUUUCAUAUGGAAUGAAAAGAAUCAGCUUCUUUUGGGAAUACGUCGGGCUAAUCGGCCACAAACUGUUAUGCCUUCAUCAGUUCUAUCCAGUGAUAGUAUGCACAUUGGGCUUCUUGCGGCUGCUGCCCAUGCUGCUGCAACUAAUAGCUGCUUUACAGUGUUCUAUAAUCCAAGGGCUAGUCCAUCUGAGUUUGUCAUCCCUCUUUCAAAAUAUAUCAAAGCUGUGUACCAUACACGUGUUUCUGUUGGUAUGCGUUUCAGGAUGCUUUUUGAGACUGAAGAAUCUAGUGUCCGGAGGUACAUGGGUACAAUAACUGGUAUAAGUGACCUUGAUCCCGUUCGGUGGCCGAAUUCUCAUUGGCGGUCCGUUAAGGUUGGUUGGGAUGAAUCAACAGCAGGGGAGAGACAGCCACGUGUAUCAUUAUGGGAGAUUGAGCCUUUAACAACAUUUCCAAUGUAUCCAUCGUUGUUUCCUCUAAGAUUGAAACGUCCAUGGCAUCCUGGCACCUCUUCUUUUCAUGAUGGCAGAGAUGAAGCAACUAAUGGGCUGAUGUGGCUGAGAGGUGGACCUGGAGACCAAGCUCUCAGUUCCCUGAAUUUUCAAGGUGCUGGUUUGUUGCCCUGGAUGCAGCAGAGACUGGAUCCAACUUUGCUUGGAAAUGAUCAUAAUCAACAGUACCAAGCCAUGUUGGCAGCUGGUAUGCAAAACAUUGGGAGUGUAGAUCUAAUGAGACAACAAAUGAUGAAUUUUCAGCAGCCUUUCAAUUAUCUUCAACAAUCAGGAAACACCAAUCCUCCUUUGCAGCUUCAGCAGCAGCAAACAAUUCAGCAAUCCGUAUCACCUAAUAUCCUGCAGCCACAGGCCCAAGUAUUGGCAGAGAACCUGUCUCACCACAUCCUUCAGAAAUCACACAAUAACCGAGAAGACCAAACACCACCGCCACAACAGCAGCACACUUAUCAAGAUACACUUUUAAUUCAAAGUGAUCAGCUCCAUCAGAGGCAACAACACUCUAGUCUGCCCUCACCAUCAUAUUCAAAACCAGACUUCUUAGAUUCAAACAUAAAGUUCUCUGCUUCAGUUUCACCAGGGCAAAACAUGCUUAGUUCACUUUGUCCUGAAGGGAGUGGCAAUCUCUUGAAUUUGUCCAGAAGUGGUCAGUCCAUGCUGACUGAACAGUUACCCCAACAAUCAUGGGCAGCCCCGAAGUUUACACCUUUGCAGGUCAAUGCCUUUGGCAACUCAGUGCCACACGUGCAAUAUUCUGGAAAGGAUACUGCAAUGGUACCACCACAUUGUAACUCAGACACCCAAAAUCCUAUUCUGUUUGGUGUCAACAUUGAUUCAUCUGGCCUUCUGCUCCCUACUACCGUCCCUCGAUAUACUACCACAUCAACUGACACUGAUGCAUCGACAAUGGCACUAGGGGAGUCUGGUUUCCAGGCUCCUCUGUAUCCUUGCAUGCAAGAUUCAUCAGAGUUGUUGCAAAGUGCAGGGCAAGUUGACCCCCAAAACCAGACACGGACAUUUGUCAAGGUUUACAAAUCAGGGUCAGUAGGGCGCUCACUUGACAUCUCCCGGUUCAGCAGCUAUCAUGAGCUGCGGGAGGAGUUGGCUCAGAUGUUUGGAAUUGAGGGGAAAUUAGAAGACCCUCUUAGAUCAGGCUGGCAGCUUGUAUUUGUCGACAGGGAGAACGAUGUUCUUCUCCUUGGCGAUGAUCCGUGGGAAUCAUUUGUCAAUAAUGUUUGGUAUAUCAAAAUACUUUCACCUGAAGAUAUUCAGAAAAUGGGAGAACAAGCCGUAGAAUCCCUUGGUCCAAGUUCAGGACAAAGGCUGAAUAGCACUGGUGCAGAAUCUCAUGAAAUUGUUUCUGGAUUACCAUCAAUAGGCUCACUUGAAUACUGAGAAUUUAAAAAUGUAUUCCCUUUUGGUCCCACGGUCAAGAAGACUAUAACAUGUUUAUUACUUCUAUUUGAAUACUACCUACCUAUCCACCUUGCAUGCCUGCAUACAUCCUGUGUUGUCUGUUUCACUUUCAACAUCGUUAUCAUUUGUAAGAGGAUUGUUGAGAUUUUCAGGACAGAAAAAUUAUGAGAAACUUAGGACAUACUUUUGUGCCAAUUUGUAACUUGUGUAGUGAAAGCUAGAAAUAUAGUGCUAUUAUAGAAUUUUUUAAUCCCUUGCAUGAACUGAAUAUUUAUGCUCAUAU